UUAAAAAUGUUAGGUUUGGCACUAAAAUGUCAUUUUCUAGAUGUCCCGAUUACAUAUCCUUUUAAAAUGAAGGGACUGUGCACAGCUUCUUUUCAAACAGCUAAAGGUUCCAUUUUAAAGCCCAGUUUGCGGGACCAGUUCGGCUUUGAUUUUUGCUCAUCGCCCUGUUCACAGCUCCCCGCGGGGCAGUGAAUUUAAAUACCAAACUUCACUCCGCCUACAUUGCCGCUUCGGCUACCUCACAGUAUUCCAGACUUCUGAAGAUAAAGGAAUGAGAAAAGGCAAAGUAAACGAAGAGUUUGACGAACUUCCUGGACGGGGGUGUCAUGUGUGACUUAACUAAAGAGACGGAGCGAAAAACGUGAGCGCAGCAGACGACACAGACAGACUGGUGGGAGUCAUGCGAUCAGUCAUGAAAAUCUGUUUCUUUGGAAUGGCAUGCUUCCUCGUCUGCUUCAAAGUGUCUAGCACACAAUGGAGUUGUUCUUUGGAAGGCUCCACCAAUUACUGUAGAUGCACAAUGGAAGGAAACGGUAUGAGUAAUAUCAUGGCCUGUGCCACUGCAUCUUCAUUUGAAAUAAUUGGGAAUGCACAAGAUGAAAUUCCUUUAGAUUUCAGAACAUUCAUGAUUAAUCUAAACUCUACUGCCCGCAUUAAGAUGACCUUGAAAAAUGUGGCCAUCUCAGAUGACUUUAUCCAAGUUAUUUUUAACAGCUCCCUUUUAGGCUCUUUGGAAGAAUUUGUGAUCGAAGAUUCUGAUUAUGCUGGAAGAGGAUACGUUAAUGUGCAAACUUAUAACAGAGAAAUAGCACUGAGGACAUUCACCAUUAUUAACUUGACCAUUUCUGAAUUUUAUGACUUCUACUCCCUGGACUAUUUGAAAGGCUUCCUGGCACCUCUUGUCAAUGUUUCCCUCAUUCGCUGCAGCCUUUUCCUAAUUCCAUGUGAAGUUGGCAUAGAGAUGUUGAAUUUGACUUACCUGGAUUUAUCUGAGAACAAACUUCAAGACACAGCUCUUACAGUGUCUCUAUGCGCUGAAGGUUAUCCAGAACUAAUGGUCCUUAAAUUGCGCAAAAAUUAUCUGAGAUCGUAUGCAACAGUAUGUCAGACUCUCAGACUUUUUUCCAAACUGAUCCAUCUUGAUCUUAGCCAACAUGACUUUUCAGAUCCUCCACCUUUUCAAUGUCUAUGGCAACAAUCAUUCAAGGUCUUCAACAUUUCUAAUGCAAAUCUGCAAAACACAGAAAAGUACCUUCCAGAGAAAGUUGAAAUCCUUGAUUUAAGCAAAAACAGGCUAUCUACUUUUGACGUUUACCUUCCCAGGCUAAAGGAAUUGUAUAUUUCUAACAACAAGCUGAUGACGUUGCCUCUGGCACACAACUUUCCUGGGCUGGAAGUUUUUAAUAUUGAAGGCAAUUUUUUGAGGAGCUUACAGAAAAGUGACGUCCAAGAUUUUAAGAACCUCAAGUUCCUAAAGGCAGGUGGAAACAGCUAUGAUUGUGUGUGCACUCUUGUUUCCAAAGUAGAAGAAAUUAAGGACAUCAUCGUUCAAGACUGGCCAGAUGACUACUUCUGUGGAAGCCCUUUGCAGUACCAGAGAAAGAGAGUAAAAGAUGUCCAUCAAUCUGUGCUUGAGUGCUAUCAGAAUAUCAUGCUAUCUGUCAUCAUCAUUGGAACUUUGGUUAUUUUGGUCAUAUUGAUAGUGGUCUGCUACAAGUCUCAUGCAUUUUGGUACCUGAGAAUGGCUUGGAAGUGGCUUCAAGCUAAACGGAAAGCAACCAAGGAGGUUGAUACCUCCAAAAUUAAAUAUGAUGCCUUUAUUUCCUAUAGUGAGGAAGAUUGCCAAUGGGUUGAAGAAAUUCUAGUUCCACAGCUGGAGGAUGAUAAAGAGCAUUUCAAGCUCUGUCUUCACAAACGGAACUUUCAGCCAGGGAAGUGGAUCAUGGACAAUGUUAUCGAGUCCAUCGAAGUAAGCCGGAAGACUCUGUUCAUCAUCUCCAAACAUUUUGUGAACAGUGAAUGGUGCAAAUAUGAGCUGGAGUUUUCCCAGCGCCGUUUCUUUGAUGAGAGCAAUGACUUUGUAAUCCUGGUCCUCCUAGAGCCCAUUCCCAAGGAGGUGAUCCCUCGCAGGUUUUGCAAGCUGCACAAGCUCAUGAAUAAGAAGACAUACCUAGAGUGGCCAGAAGAAGAGGAGGAGCAAGGUCUCUUCUGGGAUAAACUGCGGACCGCUUUGAAAAGUUAGGAAUCUUACUUAACAAUCCAACAAGAACAACCUGUGAGACACACCACACUCAUUACCCAAGGGGCCGCUUUGCAUUGCUUUAAGUAUGGCCACCACUUGAUAGAUUCUGGUGUUUUGAAAUGUUUAAUUUUGGGCAAAUAUGGAUUCUGCUAUUUUAGUAAAUUGGUUACUUGUUCUUUUAA